GAAUGGCCACUGAACUGCCUAUUGUGUAGAUGGAUGGCUCUCGUAUAAAUACUAUUCAGAAGAUAUCGUUUUGCUGUUUUUCAGACUGAGUUUCUCUAUUUGAAGAGUCGAAGGCAAAUAAUCAGAGCUUCAAAUCUUCUUGAAAAUGCUUCUGGAAUUGCUGGCUUUGCUGUUCACUGCUGCGGGUGUGCUUGGUAACGAGUGCGAAGAAUAUUGUGAUCACAACGAAACGUGUUGUGUUACACCAACGGCAGAUGUGUUGUGUUGUCCUUUAGUAAACGCAGUCUGCUGUGAAGACUGGGUGAACUGCUGCCCGGAAGGAAGCUUUUGCGAUAUGAAUAUGAACAUGUGUGGGAGGUAUUUUAUUCCCGAAGAGGACAUCGAAACGAGUGGUGACAUCGAAACGAGUGGUGAGAUCGAAAGGAGGAGUGGCGACAUCGAAAGUGAUGAAGAGAUCCCAACCGACACCACCCAAAGUCGUCAUGAAAAGAGGGAUACCCUCGAUCAACCGUACACAAACGAGAUUACCAACAUGGAUCACAUGCUCGUCCACUGUGACCUGAACCAAUUCUGUCCAUAUUUCAGCACUUGCUGUCGCGUGAAAGAAGACAACGUAUCUCUGUGCUGCCCGAAUCCAGAAGGGGUGUGUUGUUCGGAUGAAGAACACUGUUGCAAACAAGGCGAGGAGUGCGAUUCCCGAGGUGUCUUUUGUAUCUCGGAAGUCGGAUUGGAGACAAUCGUGAGGAAAGCAGAAGAUCUGCGAUAUCACUAUGAAAAACGUGGUCUGGAUUUCGUAGAGCCCGACGUCGUCAAGGGAACCGCUUCAAGUAUUUCGGAAACUCGAUAGUCUGAUUAAAUGUUUUCCAUAAAUCGA